AUGGAAUGUGGCAAGAGAGAGUCACAUAAGCGAGAUCUGGAGGAACAUCUGGGUCUGAUAAGAGUUCCACCCGGCGACGGGAGGAUCUGGCUUCCAUUGUAUUUGAGACGGAGGCAUGGAGGAGAUUUCAUGAACGGAUCACUUCACUUCGUCUUCUGGCAUGGAUGGUCUUGUCCAGAGAGCUGUGAGAACGGCGAUGUUGAUGGAGGAGUGAAAGUACAGGCCUCAGUCCCAGAGAUCUGCCAGCCACGUUUUCUUGGCACUCCUAUCAAUAUCCAAUGCCGAGGCCAGAUCUAUGACCUCAGUCCUUCCAAUAUCAACAACGAUAUGACACGAUAG